UGCUGCCAGCAUUCUGGUCUUCCCGACUAUUUUGACCAUUGAAAAAGUUAAAAUAAGGCUCUUAAACUCAAUCACGUUUUCCAUGGCUACACAAAGCUCGUCAUAAUAAGACCACCAUUUACCACUUACGUAUUAGCUCUAUCUUUUUUCCAAUGGCUUCUGCAAUUGCUCUUUUUUCCUAUCAUUUGCUUGUCUUUGUCAUCACCCUUCUGGUUCCUGCAAUAGCUCAAGUUAAUACCAACGUAAGUGUGGGUUCAGCUCUCUUUGCCACUGAUGAUAACUCCACAUGGACUUCACCAUCUGGUGAUUUUUCAUUUGGAUUCCGCCGCUUUCCCGGUCAACAAGAUCAGUUCCUUCUUGCAAUCUGGUUCGCUAAGAUACCAGAUGAAACUAUAGUUUGGUCUGCAAACAGAGAUUACCCGGCAGCGAGAGAAUCAAAAGUUGAGCUUAACACAGUUGGGCAACUUGUACUCAAAGCUCCAGGUGGAUGGGAGUUGUGGAGGUCCAGCAACAAUGAGAAUCCUCAAGUAUCAAAUGGGGCUAUGCUAGACACCGGGAAUUUUGUUAUAACAAGCACAAACUCAAGCAUCUUAUGGAAUAGCUUCGAUAAACCAACUGAUACCAUCUUACCAACCCAAGUAUUGGGUUCUGUGAGCAGCCUUUUCUCUAGCAUGUCCGAGAAAAACUGCGGGGUGGGUAAGUUUCAGCUCCGUUUCAGGCAGCAAAAUAUAUCAAAUUCCUCAUACGAUCUGAUACUUAAUCAAAUAGCUGUCUACACCCAAAAUACUUAUGGAGCAUAUUAUACUGAACAUAAUGCUUCUGAGCUGAUAAUGGAUAAGUCAGGCUACCUUCUAGUCAAGAACUCACUGGGAGGUAUAUCCAACCUUUCAUCAGAGGGCGAGGUCUUGAUGACAGAGUCAGACUCAUACUACAGGGCAACACUUGACUUCAAUGGUGUUUUCAGACUCUAUUCUCACCCAAAGAAUUUUACUGGAAACCAAACCUGGUCUGCAAUUCGGUAUGUUCCUGAAAACAUCUGCCUGGAUAUUUUGGACACUUUUGGAAGUGGCCCUUGUGGUUAUAAUAGCAUAUGUUCACUGAGAGCUUAUGGUGAGCCAGAGUGCCAAUGCGCCCCAGGCUUCUCUCUCUUGGAUGUAAAUAACAAGUAUAGUGGCUGCAAACAAGAUGAUGUAGGCUACAUGAAUGAAUGUAACGAGAUGGGUACUGUGAUUUCGGAAGAUCAAUUUGAAAUCUUGGAGAUGGAGAAUGCUGAUUGGCCUUUAACUGCCUAUGAACUACUUCAACCCACAACAGAAUUUGAAUGCAAGAAAUCUUGUCUGCACGAUUGUUAUUGUGCAGUUGCCAUUUUCCAGGAUCCGAAAUAUAAUAAUGGCACGGGAAGAUGUUGGAAGAAGAGAUUACCGCUUUCUAAUGGGAGGUACAACCGCAACGCUGUUGAUAGAAAAGCACUAUUCAAAAUAUUGAAAUUGAAUAGCUCUUCACAAAAUCCUACAAAUCCAGAUCCGGGCCACAGAAAGCAGGACCAAGCAAUAUCGAUCCUUGCAGUCCUCCUAGGUACUUCUGUAUUUUUUAACUUCUUUUCUGUAGUUGCAAUUUCUCUUCUUGUCUUUUGCUUUUGGCAAGAAAAACUACCAAAUUUCUAUAGAACCUUACAUACGAAAGACCUUGACAUGAAUCUGCGUUCAUUUACAUACAAAGAUCUUGAAGAAGCCACUAGCGGGUUCAAAGAAGAAUUGGGUAGGGGUUCUUUUGGCACUGUUUAUAAAGGGGUAAUAGUAUCAAGUUAUAGCCACUAUGUUGCUGUCAAGAAGCUAGACAAGAUGAUAACAGAAGGUGAGAGGGAAUUCAAAACUGAAGUAACUGUGAUUGGCCAAACUCACCAUAAGAAUUUGGUACGGUUACUUGGCUAUUGUGAUGAAGGUGAACACCGAAUUUUGGUGUACGAGUUUAUGUACAAUGGCACAUUGUCGAGUUUCCUCUUUGGAGUAAUAAGACCUAGUUGGCAACAGAGAAUGCAGAUUGCAUUAGGAAUUGCUAGAGGACUAAUGUACUUACAUGAAGAAUGCAUCUUGCAAAUCAUUCAUUGCGACAUAAAGCCUCAAAACAUACUCUUGGAUGAUUUUUUUACAGCCAAAAUUUCUGACUUUGGAUUGGCAAAGCUUUUGAUGAACCAACAAACCCGGACACUCACUGGCAUCAGGGGUACUAAAGGCUAUGUUGCACCAGAAUGGUUCAGGAACACACCAGUCUCAGUAAAAGUGGAUGUUUAUAGUUUUGGUGUCAUGUUGUUGGAGAUCGUUAGUUGCAGAAGAUGUGUGGAAGUUGAGAUGGAGAGGGCAGCAAUACUUACAGAAUGGGCAUAUGAAUGCUAUAGUAGCGGAAAAGUUGAAAGAUUGGUGGAAAAUGAUGAAGAGGCUAUUAGUGAUAUUUAUUGGGUGAAGAAGCUAGUAAUGGUUGCAAUUUGGUGUGUACAGGAUGUGCCAUUAUUGAGGCCUUCCAUGAGAGAAGUCACUCAUGUGCUAGAAGGCAUUCUUGAGAUUUCUGCACCCCCAUGUCCUUUUCUCUACAGUUCAACAUCCGAAGCUGAAAAGUCAUCCAUGGGAUUUUCAAAUAAUAGUAUGAAGAAAUGAACCUGCCAAUGUUGGGAGGCUCAUUACUUCAACUAGUCUCCGUGUAGUGUCUAAGUGAUGUAGUGUCAUAAUAGGCCAGAUAAUUUCCAAAUAAGCAUUUCUAUGACUGCCUUUGAAAGUUUAGUCAUUUGGAAAGAUUUCAUUAACCAAUAGAUCUUGUCUUGAAUUUAAGCUUAGUACUACCACUUACUAAGUGUGGUGUGUCCUGUAAAUUUCCAUGUUUGUCUUGUAAAUGUGUUUUGACCUUUAGUUGUAACUUUGGGGGUUGUUGGUGUCUAUAGUCUAUAAAUAGUGUGGAUAUCUACGAAUUUAAACUACUAUAAGUCUUUCAUAUUGAUUCUAUUGAAUGGUAUUUGUGAUAUGGAUUGGGUGAAGAAGCUAGUAAUGGUGGCAAUUUGGUGUGUGCAGGUUGUGCCAUUAUUGAGGCCUCCUAUGAGAGAAGUCACUCAUAUGCUAGAAGGCAUUCUUGAGAUUCUGCACCCCCAUGUCCUUUUCUCUACAGUUCAACGUCCGAAGCUGAAAAGUCAUCCAUGGGAUUUUCAAAUAAUAUUAUGAAGAAAUGAACCUCCCAAUGUUGGGAGGCUCAUUACUUCCACUAUUCUCCGUGCAGUGUCUAAGUAGUGUCAUAAUAGGUCAAAUAAGCUUUUUCAUGAUAUCCUUUGAAAGUUUAGUCAUUUGGAAAGAUUGUCUUAAUCAAUAGUUCUUGUCAUGAAUUUAAGCUUAGUGCUACUACUUAAAUGCAUUGAAAUUCUACGCUAAUGUGGCUCUGUGGGGGUUGUUGGUGUAUGUAGUCUAUAUAUGGUGUGGAGAUGUAUGAAUUUUUUUUAGAUUAGGAAAUUUAUGAAUUUAAACCAUGUAAGUCUUUCAUAUU